AUGAUCCCCGAUAGCCCUUAUCCACCACUGCACAGCUGGGUCGAAGCACCUCCAGAGUAUCGGCACGUCACUUCUGGGAAGGCGAAGAAAAUUUGGGACAAGCGUGACUUUUCUCAUCAACCCGAACGUGAUAUACGCCAAGGCAGUUUUCGAGCUGCUAGGUUCCUGCAGGCCAUCGAGGGCUCGUCUGAAAAGAGCAGUGAUGUGACUGCCACAAACUUCCGCGAGCAGGGCUGUCGCUCCGCCGCUAUGGCGCGGCCAGACCAUAUAGGUCCAGCCUCCGGCGAUAUGGCACCGAGACAACUAUUGGCUCCCACGAGGCGUACUGGGGAUCUUGGCAGUGGCACUCGCGCUAGUUUGGAGGUCUGCACGAGUCGCGUGCCGGAGCAAGCUCUAGUUGGGUAUCCUGAUGGAGACUUCCAUGGCUAUGAGGUUCGCGUGCUACAGUACUGUGUCCGUCAUAUAAAUGCUCCGCCUUGCGCAAGCCCUCUCAACUAUUUGUGGCGCUUGUGGGGUCCCUACUCGCGGGAUCAAGUUGGUCUGAAAGCGCCAUUCUUGGUGUAG